CAGAGCGUCCCGCUGCCGGCUCUAGACACAGCGAUCUCAGUGUUUCUGCCGGGUCCCCGCGCGAUGCCGCGGUAGAGCCGUGCUUUUGGGCUCCGGAGCCCAGCCACCGCUCUCUGUGAGGAGGGGUGCACCCAGCCGGCGUCUUACUUUAGGGGCCCUGCCAUGGCUUCCCAGGAGAAGAUGGAGGCAGUGACCAAAGGAACGGGGUUCUGGAGCUGCCCCAAGCAGGCCACUUAUACCCCUGGGACCUGUGAGCUCCUGAGAGUAAUGAUGGAGGAAUCCAGACUGACUAAAUUCCAACAGCGCCACAUCAUGGACACCAUGAAAAGAGGAGACACUCUGCCCCUACAGUGCAGCCCAACAUCCAGCCAGAGGGUCUUGCCUUCCAGGCAGCCAGCCUCAGCCAUCUACCUGCCUCCCAUCCUGGAGGCCCGAUCCCACCUCCGGCCUGCCAGCAUGUGCCAGGCCAACGGGGCCUACAGCCGGGAGCAGUUCAAGCCUCAAGCCACCCGAGAUCUGGAGAAGGAGAAGCAAAGACUCCAAAAUAUCUUUGCCACAGGGAAGGACAAAAAGGAACGGAAAAGAAAGCCCCCUCCUGUACGACAGGAGGACCCAGCCCCUGAACUGGACCGGUUUGAAGAACUGGUGAAGGAAAUCCAGGAGAGGAAAGAAUUCCUGGCUGACAUGGAGGCCCUGGGACAGGGCAGACAGUACCGAGGGAUGAUCCUCGCUGAAAUCUCCCAGAAACUAUGGGAAAUGGAGGACAUUGACCAGAAGAGGACUGAGCAACUUAGGCAGGCACUUGCCACCACUUAGUCUGUCUCCAGAGAUGGGGGCAGAGCAGCUGAACCUGGACCACUGGAGCCCACCCCAUUGAUUGCCAGGCAGGGUCAUCCCCAGGUCAGCCCACCCCUCCUGGCCGUCCUCCGCAUCAAAUGGUCCUACAACACUGCCCUGGCCUCAGGCACCCCGGGCAUAUACAGCACCCUAGAAAAUGGACCACAUCAGAGAAUGAGCCCGUUCUCAAGACUGUCCAGGGAUCCUGGGUCAGCUGCGCCUCAGAGACCCACGGUCACAGAUUCACAUACGCGUGACUUCGAGUCUUUUCUCAGGGAAAGAGGCCCAGAUGCCAUGAAAGCAGGUCCGAGUCUCACCAUCUUGGGCGACUACCUACGAGUAUCCAAUGGGCCCUCCUUCCACCAUCUCCACCCACCAUGUCCCCACACGGAGCUUUCAGAACUUAGGAAAGAGUAUGAUUCCUGUCUUCCCACCUGUCUAGGACCUACUUAUUUGAGUUCUUACAGCCUUAGGUGAAUGUUUAACUGCUAUGAUUAAUUGGCUAAUAAAACAUAUUUAAUGUA